GCACAUCACCUUUGCAACUUCAAAAAGAAAUUCGCUUCUGCUCUCAGCCUCUAGACGCAUCUCUCUUUCAAACUCUCUGAACUUACUCUCUGAACCCAGACAAAUCCUUUCUCUUUCACAAUUUCAUUUCGUUAAACAUUUACUGAGAAAAAUCCACUUCUUCGUUUCCAUGAAUCUCUCCUCAAUUCUCCAAAGUUUUUAGCUUUUUUACGUACGUUUUGUGGCGGCAAACAACGAACCCACCACCGAUUAGGUGUAAAAUUUUGAGAAAAAAUGGCGAAGCCACCUGGGACUCAGCAAGAACACAGCAAUCCGUCGUCUUCUUUCAGUGGAACCAACGCUAAUUUGGUGGUUCAGGAGCGGGCUGGUCAUGGGCUUAAACACAACCCUGGUAUUUCUAUGGACUGGACUGCUGAAGAACAUGCUAUUCUUGAAAAGGGGAUUCAAGCAUAUACAUCAGAAAAUAGCUUGAGUAAUUAUGCAAAGAUAGCUGUGCAUCUACCAAAUAAAACAAUUCGGGAUGUGGCGCUGCGUUGCAGAUGGAUGACUAAGAAAGAAAAUAGCAAGAGGAGGAAGGAAGAUUUAACAAAGAGAAUCAGAGAUAAAAAGGAAAGAGUUAUUGAUGCUUCAGCAAAGUUGGCACCUUUUGCAAUCCGACCCAAUGUUCAUUCAUAUGCACCACCAAUGAUGUCUACAGACUAUGAUGAUUCCAUUUCAUACCUAGCCAUUGGUGGUCCCAUGGGUGAGAUUCUUGAGCAAAAUGCAAAGUCCUUUCAACAAAUAUCUGCAAACCUUUCAGCUUUGCAGUAUCAGGAAAAUAUCAGUCUCUUUUGUCAGACUCGUGAGAACAUCUUCAAAUUAUUAAACGGCUUGAAUGAAAUGCCAGAAAGAAUGACGCAGAUGCCACCUCUUCCAGUGAAGAUGAAUGAACAGCUAGUUAACUCCAUCCUUCCCCCUCCAAACAUUGCAUAGCGAUUGUGACUCAUGCCUUGCCGUUGCUUUGAUUUGGUGUGACUGGUCGCCUCUGACGGAAUUAACCGGCAAACAGGAAGCAGUAUAAUUGAGGUUUUCAUGACCUUUUCCUUUGUCCAUUUAGCCAAUAUAGUUGAGGUUUUUUUGAAAUGGUUUGUGCAGUAGGUGGUGAUUUUAGAUUUUGUGUAGAAAAUAGGGAACGAUAAUAUAUCAAUGCCUAGUAUUAUCAAGAUUUUGUGUGAA